AGUCACACAGAAAUCAAGCGCCUCUAAAUAAAAAGCCACUUCUCAGCGGUAGUCGCCGCAGCCUAGUCUCUCUAUAAAUAGCCUCGCUGCCCAAAAUCAAAUCUUCCCCACUCUUUCAUUUCAUUUUCCCGCUCUUACUUUUCUUCUUUCCCAGAGCUCUAGUUUUCUUCCUCUCUACACUUUCCUCCCAAGCAAUCACGUGUGAGCAAAAACUGCGAAAUCUAAGUUUGACGCUUCAAAUGGCUCUCCAAAUCGCUCCUUGCGUUUCAAGGUUUCUGGUUUUGUUGCUUCUGGUUUCUGUCUCUCUUAUUGGCAGAUCUUCAAGCAGUGGAAGUGCUGAAAAAGAGAAAACAUUUGCAAUGAUAAAACCGGAUGGGUUGUCUGGGAACUAUACUGAUGAGAUAAAGAACGCUAUUCUGGAGUCUGGUUUUAUCAUUCUCAGGGAAAUGACAGUCCGACUUGAUGAGGAUACUGCUGGAAAAUUUUAUGCCGAACACUCUUCGAGAAGUUUCUUUCCUGCCCUUGUCAAAUACAUGACCAGUGGUCCAGUUUUGGUUAUGGUCUUGGAGAAGGUAAAUGCUGUUGCUGAUUGGCGUGCCUUAAUUGGACCAACUGAUGCUCAGAAGGCUAAGGUUACUCAUCCUCACAGUAUCAGAGCAAUGUGUGGACAGGAUCUAGAAAAGAAUUGUGUCCAUGGUUCAGAUUCUCCCCAAUCUGCUGAGAGGGAGAUAUCUUUUUUCUUUGAAGAAUUUUCUUCAGGUGCUGUUGGUUCAAAGCAUGAUGAACUGUAAAACAUAGACACUCAAGGCAGAACUGUAUGAUCUGUACAAGCCUUUUUACCUGCACCACCUUCCUGAAUGAAAUGGAUAUCUGGGCUUCCAUUCCCAUUAAUGCAGUGAGAGAUCUUUAUUGGAAGUUUUGAUGUUUAUAUUUUGUCUGCUUAAAGUAUUGUAAAUAGAUUUUAGUUUUAGUUCAGUCUUUCAUUUCAUACAGCUUUCUUCUUUGAUUGCUUGUAUGUAAAAAAAAGGCUGAUUUAUUGAUUUAUCCAAAAAAAUUAUAGAAUGAUCUAAGCUCCCUAUUUAUUAGAUGGUAUGUUGGUGGAACUA